AUGGAAGACAACGCCGAUUUAGAAAAGUUCCGCCGCGAGUGGAGAGAGGAGGUUGCUCACAGAUCUACUCACAGAGCUCCUCCUCAACAAAGGACCACAGCUCCACGGCCCUCUCAAUUUACACCAACCCACCACGAGGCGUCCAGCCGAAAAGAUCACGAAGCGGAGGGGCCCUCCCCGGCGUUGUUUGACAAUGAGGCGCCACUUGCCCGAAAGGAGCUAUCGCAGCAGGUUGGGGAGCUACCGCAGCUGCUUGAACAUCUUCAGAUUGAAUCAGAGCAUGGGCAUGAAGAGGAUGGGUUUACUCGGCGGGCACACCAUGAACCCAACUCGGCUUUGGAACACUUUGAACGGGCUGUUGAGAAAGAAGCUGCAGGAAACUUGGGGGACAGUCUACAACACUACCGCAAGGCUUACAGGCUGGACGCGAGUGUAGACAAAACCUAUCGCGACAAACACUUUGCCCAUGUAUGGGGUAAUAAGCCCGCUCAGCCUAAGCCCAGCGCACUUGAGCCCGAGUCGACCGCUGCUCCAGCACCUGAUGCUGAGCCGGUGACCCUAUUAACCUCGGAGCUGAUCGAAUCCUUCGUCAAUCUGCCGAUUCCACAGGCCGAGCCGGUGAUCGAGAAUACACCACCCCCACCAUGCCCCAUUGCGAAGGUCCCCUCAGAAGUAUUAGUGGAGAUUUUGCGCCAUGUUGCACUACGAGAUCCUGCGAAUUUUGGUCGAAUGGCUUUAGUGUGUAAGAAACUAGCCUAUCAUUUUGCACAUGAACAACACAUCUGGCGACGAAUAUGCCAAACACGAGAAUUUGGAUUCCAGGGAAUGCAUUACGAAUUUGCGUGCGACAACCUUGGACAGACGGUUUAUACACUCAGUGGUAAACGCUACACCCCGUUUCCGAUUGAUGCUCCGGUGGAAAUCCCCAAGCCCUUGUUAUCAUGGAGCCAGGUCUUUCAGUCUUAUCCUCGAAUUCGCUUUACUGGUAUCUAUAUUAGCACUGUUAACUACACUCGACCUGGUGCUGUUUCCGCCUUUCAAAGCGUAUCGUGGAACAACCCGAUCCACAUUGUGACCUACUAUCGCUUUCUACGAUUUUACCCGGAUGGCUCUGUGGUCUCUUUAUUGACUACUACCGAGCCAGUCGAUGUCGUACCGUAUAUCAGUAAGGAAAACAUUAUGGCUGCGCGGGCCACCAAGAAACAUCGUUCGGCCCACGAUCACGGUGAAUCAUCAGUUGGGACAGCUGGAACUACUGAAUAUGUGCCAACCAUCGCCAUGCAGUCUCUGAAAUACGGCCUUCGUGGGCACUGGCAUCUCACUUCACCCGUUCCCCCAGAGACUUCCGACAACGAACAGAUUACCGAAUUGACCUCAACGCAGCAACAUUCCGUUGACCCACGAGACCUCGUCGUGGAGACAGAAGGUGUGGACUCUAGGUACACCAACUUAAUGCAUCUUUCCCUGCGCUCUCCGAGUGCUUCCAAGUCGCUUGCGAACCCGUCCAGAAACACGAAAUUGGUCUGGAAAGGCUUUUGGAGCUACAACAAGCUCACUGAUGACUGGGGUGCGUUCCCACUUCGCAAUGAACGGGCUUAUGUUUUCCGUCGUGUUCGAGGCUGGGGUCUCGACCCAAUUGAUGACUGA